AUGGACGUGUCCGAUCACAUAGAAGAGUCCGAUCUCGCGCGCGUGAACGAGUCGGAUUAUGAUUAUUCGGAUUAUUAUCUGCUGGAGGAGCUCGCGGACUUCUGGCCGUGUGAGAAACACCAUGUAAGGAAGAUCAGCCGUUAUCUUCUGCCGGUCUUCUACUCGGUCGCGUGCGCGCUCGGGUUCCUGGCUAACCUCGGGCUCGUGUUGGUGUGCACGCGGAGGACGAGCACGAGGAUGAGGUUGAGGAUGGCGGUCCAUCCCGCGUGCGCGCUGUGCGCCAACCUGCUCUUCACCUCCACCUUACCGUUCUGGGCGGUGUACGCGGCGCGCGACUGGAUCUUCGGCGCGCGCGCCUGCAAAGCGGUCACGCUGGUGUACGCCGUGGGUUUGUACGGAGGAAAUCUGUUCGGCGCAUGCGCGCUGCUGCGUAGCUGCGUGGACGCCGCGUGCGCGCUCCGGUGCACGGGCCGGCUCGGCAACGCCAGGAGGAACGCCGCGUGGUGCGCAUGCGUGUGGACGCUGGCGUGUCUGGCCGCCGUCCCUCACCUCAGCUUCGUGGAGGAGAGCCACUUCCACGGCGAGACCCACUGCUCCUACCACUACACGCAGGGCUGGAAGGUCUACAUGCGACUCCAGCUGGUCCUGCUCGUCUUCCUGGUCCCGUUCCUGAUCUUCCUCGGUUCCUCCAUUGCCUUGUUCCUCCGCACACGUUCCUCGGGAUGUUCGUCCAGGAUGCUCCGGCGUGCCAUCAUCUCCACGGGACUGUUCUUCGCACUCUGGUUCCCGUACGCGCUGGUGCUGAUGCUGCACGUCCUGCAGGACCUGCACAUAGUCUCGGAGUGCGGCAGCAGUGUCCACCUGGACCUCGCCAUCCAGAGCACAGAGUGCAUCGCCUUCUCACACGUCUUCAUCAACCCCGUGGCGUACCUUCUGCUAAACAGGCGAGCGUGGAGAACGUUCUGGGCGAAGUGUGUGAGUUCCAGGGAAUACCUGCUGGACUCCUCGGAGAACACGGACAGCGUGUCCAGUCAGGACAGCGGCGUGGAGCUGAGGGCUCUCCAAAACUUCCAGAGUUUCUCCAAUCCAGAGAAUGAGCGAGGAACCGCUGAGAAACAAUGCCACUUACUACCAUAUGCCACAUAA